GUUGCGUGGCAUCGCUGAGUGGAGCAAGAUGGAGCUUUUGAGUUAUGUGUUAACCGCGUUCGUGUUUGUCGUUUCGAUUGCGUAUCUGUUCCUGCGCAGUCGGCACAACUAUUGGCGCGAUCGGGGCAUUCCUUAUGCGCGUGCGAAGCCGCACCUGUUCAUGGGACAUAUGGAGCACUUCAGAACGAAGCACGGAGCAAUCAUCAACGAGGAGAUCUACCGGGAUCUUAAAUCGCGCGGUGAAACAAUCGGUGGCAUGAGCUUCUUCAUCAUACCCGGCUUGGUUGCGGUAGAUCCGGAGCUGAUAAAAACGAUCCUGGUGAAGGACUUUAACGUGUUUCAUGACCGGGGUGUCUACAACGACGCGAAGGCGGAUCCACUGUCGGCCCAUCUGUUCGCACUGGAAGGGCACGAGUGGCGAGUGUUGCGCCAGAAACUAACGCCCACGUUCACGUCCGGCCGGAUGAAGCAAAUGUUUGGCACGAUCCAGCAGGUGGCGGAAGAGUUCCUGAAGUAUAUGAACGAAAACUGUCACCGGGAGAUUGAGAUGAAGAAUGUGCUGGCCCGGUUCACGACGGACGUGAUCGGUACGUGUGCGUUCGGGAUCGAGUGUAACACGCUAAAAAAUCCGGACUCGGACUUCCGGAAGUAUGGCAACAAGGUGUUCGAGCAAGAUGCGCUGCUCAUGAUGAAGUUUGUGUUUGCCAUGAUGUUUAAGAGCAUCGCGAAAGGGAUCGGUGUCAAGCUGACCGAUGAGGGUGUGGAACGGUUUUUCCUGCAGGUCGUUCGCGAUACGGUAGAGUACCGCGAGCUGAACGAUGUACAGCGGAACGACUUUAUGAACCUGCUGCUGCAGAUCAAGAACAAGGGUUACUUGGAUGAGCGUGACCUGGUGUCCGCGGAUGAUGCGAAAGGUAAAGCUGGACUUACACUGAACGAGCUGGCAGCGCAGGUAUUUGUUUUCUUCCUGGCUGGAUUCGAGACGUCCUCCACCACGAUGAACUUCUGUCUGUACGAGCUGGCAAAGAACCCAGAUAUUCAGGAGCGCCUGCGUGACGAGAUCGAGCGAGCGGUCGAGGACCACAACGGACAAGUGACGUACGAAAUGGUCAUGAACAAUCAGUACCUCGACAAUGUGAUCAAUGAAACGCUUCGCAAGUAUCCGCCCAUCGAGUCACUCACUCGAGUGCCAAUGCGCGAUUACACCAUACCCGGCACCAAGUACGUCAUUCCGAAGGAUACGCUCAUUCAAAUCCCGGUGUACGCCAUUCAGCGCGAUCCCGAGUUCUAUCCCGAGCCAGACCAGUUCAAUCCGGACCGAUUCCUGCCGGAGGAAGUGAAGCAACGUCAUCCGUACGUGUUCCUACCCUUUGGCGAAGGGCCACGGAUUUGUAUCGGGAUGCGGUUUGGAAUGAUGCAGGCUAAGCUCGGUUUGAUCACCUUGCUGAGAAACUUCCGCUUCUCGCCAUCGUCACAAACACCGGCCGAAAUCGUGUUCGACCCCAAAUCGUUCAUAUUAUCGCCUACUACGGGUAAUUAUCUGAAGGUUGAUAAGAUAUAGAGUUUAGGAAGGUUGUUGCUAGUUGAACUAGACGUUCAUCGAAUGCGGCAAGAAAAACUGUACUUCCUUACAACACCUAUGGAAGACCGCGUAUCAGCUUUAGGGUAACACUUUGAUAAGCAUAAAAAGGAGAAGCUUUCGUUUUAAUCACAGUUCCAUCAGUGAUUACAGUACAUAUACAUAAUCUUUAGACAUAGUCUGUGUAGUCCAGUUAAAUAUUUUUAAUUUUACUCUAAGUAAAAAUCCAAUAAACUCACCGUAAGCGUUUUAAGAAAUGCA